AUGGGUGCCCUUCAGCUCUCCCGCAAGUCUGGUGUCAUCACUGGUGAUGACGUUCUCCACCUCUUCGAGUACGCUCAGGAGAAGAACUUUGCUAUUCCUGCUGUGAACGUCACUUCUUCCUCGGUCGUUGUCUCGACCCUCGAGGCUGCCCGUGACGCCAAGUCCCCCAUUGUCCUCCAGAUCUCCAACGGUGGUGCCGCUUACUUCGCCGGUAAGGGUGUCUCCAACGACGGCCAGAACGCCUCCAUCGCUGGUGGUAUCGCCGCUGCCCACUACAUCCGCAGCAUCGCUCCCGCCUAUGGUAUCCCCGUCGUCCUCCACACUGACCACUGCGCCAAGAAGCUCCUCCCUUGGUUGGACGGUCUCCUCGAUGCUGAUGAGGCCUACUUCAAGCUCCACGGCGAGCCCCUCUAUUCUUCUCACAUGAUUGACUUGUCCGAGGAGCCUGUCGACUACAACAUCCAGACCACCGCCGCCUAUCUUAAGCGUGCUGCUCCCAUGAAGCAGUGGCUCGAGAUGGAAAUCGGUAUCACCGGUGGUGAGGAGGACGGUGUCAACAACGAGGACGUUGACAACAACUCUCUCUACACUCAGCCCGAGGACAUCCUCGCCAUCCACAAUGCUCUUGUUGCCGUCUCCCCUUACUUCUCCAUUGCCGCUGGUUUCGGUAAUGUCCACGGUGUCUACAAGCCCGGCAACGUCAAGCUUCACCCCGAGCUCCUCUCGCGUCACCAGAAGUACGUCCAGGAGAAGGUUGGCUCCCAGAAGACCAAGCCCGUCUUCUUUGUCUUCCACGGUGGCUCUGGCUCCUCCAAGAACGAGUACAAGGAGGCCAUUGGCUACGGUGUUGUCAAGGUCAACCUUGACACUGACAUGCAGUACGCUUACUUGACCGGUAUCCGUGACUACAUCCUCAACAAGAAGGACUACCUCUUGGCUCCCAUCGGUAACCCCGAAGGUGCUGACAAGCCCAACAAGAAGUACUUCGACCCCCGCGUGUGGGUUCGUGAGGGUGAGAAGACCAUGAGCAAGCGUGUCCAGGAGGCUCUUGAUGACUUCAACGCUGCUGGUCAGCUGUAA